AUGGCAAGAACAGGUCAUUCCACCAACACGACUUCCGGAAGACACAGGGCGCGUCAACCACAGUCUCAGAAGCUCACAGACAAGGAGAUUUUGGAGUUGAAGAACUACCUUCCUGAGUGGACUGCCGCCAAAAGGAGUGAGAAGAGGGGGAUUUUCACUGCCAUAGCAAGGGCGGCCAGGUUGUUUGCUCCUAAGGUGGACCAAAAACAAUGGAAAAAGAGGAAGCAGGUGUACAAGACUUGGUUGUUCAACAACAAGAAAAAGAAGGAAAGGAAGGACACCAUCAAGUAUGGGAGGAAAUGGACGCCCAGGAUGGUGGUCUACCAGCAGAAACGUGAAGAGGUGCUGAAGAGGAUUGAGGACGAGUCGGGGGUAAAGCCCGGAGAUCCUGGUAUGUUCAAACAUUAUCAGGCGGCGGUGAAGAGAGUCAUGGCUGAAUUGGACGACGACGAGUUGGAGAAGGCGAAAGAAACAGCGGAAGAGUGGUCCAACAACUGUCCGCCUCCGGAGAUACAAGCACAAGUCGCCCGUAAGAAGGGUCCGGCAUAUAUGGAGCACUUUUCGAACGAGAUGUGGAGGCAAUGUGGGAUGAGAGUUUUUGUGAUGUCGGCUUGGAAGAAUGAAAAGGGAGAGGUGCUGUUCGGGAUGCAUGAUGAUAACGAGGCCUUAGGAGACGGGCACAGCUUCAUGAAGACGAAGGACUGGGAGGACAUUGAGCCAGUGUGGCAGGAGUACGCGCAGGAACAGUUCGGUGCCGGGGCACGGGAUGGAGGACGUCAGGUCAAGGGAGGUCGAAAAAGAAUUCGAAAACCAGCUUUCGAACUCGAAAUGGACGGGGAGGGUAUGCCACUCCUUCCCGACAUCACCGACACGAAACUUGAGGAGAAGAAGGCCAUAGUGAGGGCCUUUCUUACAUCGCACUAUCGGAUAUGUUCCGGGAAGGACAAGGCGGUUGUACCAUGGAGUGCCAUUGUACAAAGUCAGGAUGACUUCUUGGCCCGGACGUAUCUUCCGGCAGAUGUUGACUUGAAGGAGCCUUCAAAGCUGCAAAAUUGGGACACGACUGCCUUGCUCCAUUUCUGGCAUGCUCGGCAGGAAACAGGAGAAGGUCCCACAUUUCUGUUCAAAGCAUGGAAGAACAAAGAUGGGGACAUGGUACCAUCUGUCAUAUCUGGCAAGUCGCCCUCUCCUCAGACUAGUAUAGUGAGAAAGCAGCAGAGGGUUACCAUCCGAGGGCCUCGGGAUUCGUCGACAGAAGCUGAGAGUGAUAAGGAGAGUGCCACUAAUCAUACAGAGGAUGAUGUGGAUGAUGACCUGGCUGACGGGAGACAUCCGCUGAAGAAACCCAGGACAGGAGGUCCUACACCAAAAGGGACGGCAGUCCCACGUGCAAUUCCAAAGCCUCGCCGGGCCAAGCCGGCCAAAAAAGGUGCAUUACUGACAUCAAGAAUGGGCGACCUCCUUGCUGGGUUAACUGAAGACGCGACCAGAGAAGUUAGAGAGGAUGUUGAAAUGGAAGAGAGUAUCACGCCGCCGGCACAGAAAAGGGGGCGGGGCAAGAAAGUCACAGUUGAACCAUCCACGAGGACGACCCGGAGUAAGUUGCAAAUGCCAGUAGACAGUACACCUAGAGUAACCAGAGCAUGGGGACGCACUUAA